AUGCGCCAACAAAAGGAAUGAGAUGUUGGGACCUCUGAAGACUUUGCUGGGGACUCGGCCAGUUGUGCUGGCCAGCGCCUCUCCUCGCCGACGCCAGAUACUGCAGGACGUCGUAUGUUGUGUGCGGAGCUUCUGGCUAGAGCGAGAAUUGUGACUCUCUCAUUGCAGAACUUCCCAGUGGAAAUAAUUCCCUCUCAUUUCGAGGAGACGCUAGACAAGGCUGCUUUCCCUCAGCCGUGGAGGUAUGUGGAAGAAACAGCUUUGGGGAAGGCAAAGGAAGUUGCAGGGAGGUUGGGAGACAGACAAGACUGGGCGGUAGUGAUAGGAGCUGACACGGUGGUGGUACUGGACAACAAGAUUCUGGAGAAGCCAGGGAGUGAUGCUAGGGCUAGGGAAAUGCUGACCAGUUUGAGUGGAAGACAGCACACUGUGUUCACUGGGCUGGCGUUGGUCUGGAAAGGAGGAGAGAGAGUUAGUCACGAGGCGACACUAGUCUCCUUUGCACCCCUCACUCCUCAAGUCAUUGACAGCUAUUUAUCGUCAGGAGAACCACUUGACAAAGCUGGAGCGUAUCCUUGAGCACACCCACUAAUCUCCACCCCACUCUCAGCACCCCAUUUUCCUCAGCCAGACCUGAGCUCAGGUAUGGCAUUCAGGGAGAAGGAGGGACUCUGGUGGCCAGGAUUGAAGGAGACUAUUUCAAUGUUGUUGGACUACCAUUGCACAGGCUCUGCUGUGAACUGUCUGCUGUUCUGCCUACCAUCCUCAACUCCAGUAGCUAACACUAGUUUAAUAUUAUUUCCACUCAAUUUUGAAAUUGUUGACGUUUCAUGGGUGCAAGCACUAUACACUGCUAACUUUCAUGUUCACUUUUCCCAG